CCAAACCCUAAACCCAUCUCCCAGUCCCUUCUCCACCCUCAACCUCCCCGCCACAACCAAACCCGCUUCCACCACCGUCGAAUCCGACCCGAAAACGUCCUCCUCAAAGCCCAAUCAUACCUCUACAACUGCCGCGGAUCCCGCAUGAGCGUCAUGGAGAUGAGCCACCGCGGCAAAGAGUUCCUCUCCAUCAUCCAAAAAGCCGAAUCCGAUCUCCGCCGCCUCCUCGACAUCUCUCCGGAAUACUCCGCCACCACCUACUUUGUCUCAGGUAGAAGGUUCAGGGAAGACUCUGACUCAGUCAGAGGGACCAGUCUCUGCGCUAGCCGUUACGUUGAUUACAAGAUUCAUGAUGAGAACAGUUCCUUGUACAACACGCCUCCCUGUGUUUCGGGGUAUACAUGUGUGAUUUGGUUUUUGAUGAAUAUUCCUUUCACGAUGUUGGAGAAAUCGGAGUUGGUAGCAGAGUUUAUCAAAGAAGCUGCCAAGGAGAAGAUGGUGCAGCUCAAGGGGCAUAGAUCAGUGGGAGGAGGUAUGAGAGUUGUUGCUUUCCUGAAAGAGUUCCACGCAAGGCAUGCUUGAUUCUUUAUCUUCUGUUUUGCUUUCUGGUGAUCGAGUGAGUAUAAACUACGAAUGCUUGUGAUUUGAGCUUUUUUUUUUCAUUUAUAAUUCUUUGGCUGCAAGAAUCAUUUAUACUAUGUUGAUUGGAUGGAUGAUAGUCUCAGUUUGUUUGAGACUGAACUUUUA